AUGGACGCCGACUUUAUUCCUCUCCAGUCCCCCGGACCCUCCAAGGGCGGUGACAAGCGCACCAAGCCUGCGGCCGACCCCUCGACCCUCUUCGUCUCGUCCCUCCCCUUCAAUGCCACCAGCACCGACCUCAUUACCCACUUCUCGUUCGUGGGCCCUAUCCGUCAUGGCUUCGUCGCAACCGACCGCGAGUCGGGCAAGAGCAAGGGUGUCGGUUAUGUGACGUACUCGACGAAGGAGGACGCCGAGCGUGCUCUCACCGAGCUCGACGGCUCGUCGUUUGGCGACAAGGGUCGCAAGAUCCGUGUCACGUGGGCCGACAAGAAGCCCGACAUGAAGACAAGGAACACUGCUCGCCAGGAGGAGCAGGACCGACCAGUGAAGAAGCCGCGUGUAUCUGCGGCCGCUGCCGACGAUGCUGAGACUGGCUCGACCGACCCCAACGCCAUCCGUACUCUCAUCCUCUCUGGUCUGCCUGCCGACAUCACCAAGCCUGUUCUGUGGAAGAAGGUCCGCAAGGUCAACGACAAGGCCGAGAUUCAGUUCCCUGUUGAGGGCGAGGAGCACACCGCCUACCUCGUCUUCCCCACACACGGCGACGCCAUCAAGGGUGUCCCCAAGCUCCACGGCCACACCUACAAGGGCUCGCUCCUCUCGUGUGUGCUCAAGAAGCGUCUCGACAAGCUCUCCGCCAAGGGUGAGGGCCGCGCUCCCAGCCACGCUGGUCGUCUUAUUGUCCGUAACCUCGCCUGGGAGACCACCGAGGCCGACCUGCGUGCCACCUUCCUCCGCUAUGGCCCCAUCCAGGCGAUCGACCUCCCCACCCUCCCCUCCAAGCUCCCUACCGAGCCCGGAAAGCCCGCCCCUCCCCCUCGUGCCCGUGGUUUCGCAUUCAUCUGGUUCCUCGUCAAGCGCGAUGCCGAGGCCGCCAUGGCCGCCAUCAACGGCAAGCCCAUCAUGCGCGCUCCCGACGCCGCUGUUGCCAAGGGCAAGGCUGGCCGCCUGGCGAAGAAGGACAACAAGGAGGUCGGUGACGGCCGUCCUGUCGCCGUCGACUGGGCUCUGAGCAAGGACAAGUGGACCGAGAACAAGCCCAAGGAGGCUGAGAACGAUGACGAGAGCGGAUCCGACAGCGACAGCGGCAGCGGCAGCUCGAGCAGCGGAAGCGAUGACGAGAGCGGAAGUGACGACGAGAGCGGCGACGAGAGCGGAAGCGACGAGGAGGAUGAGGAUGUCGAGAUGGAGGACGGCGAGGAGGAGGAGGAGGAGGAGAUCGAGGAGCCCAUCAAGCCCAAGCUGCCGGACACCGACGUUGGCUCGACUCUGUUCAUCCGCAACCUUCCCUUUGAGGCGACCGAGCAGGAGCUCGGCACUCUGUUCCGCUCCUUCGGCCCCAUCCGUUACGCCCGUAUCACCAUGGACAAGGCCACCGGAAGGUCACGCGGUACCGGAUUUGUGUGCUACUGGAACGUUGAGCACGCCGACGCCGCCAUCGCGGAGUCGGAGCGUGUUGCGCAGGAGACUGGCGCCAAUGCCAUGCCUCUUGGUGACAAGAAGAACCCCUUCGCCCUCCCUUCGGUCCUCACUGCCGACCCUUCGGCUAACCUCGCCUCGCGCGUUGUCAUCCACGGCCGCACUCUCUCGGUCACUCGUGCCGUUACGCGCGAGACGGCCAACCACCUCAAGGAGGACUCCGAGACCGCCCGCCAGAAGGGUGACAAGCGCAACACCUACCUCAUGCGUGAGGGUGUUGUGUUCCCCAACUCGCCGGCCGCUGCUGCCCUGCCCGCUGCCGAGGUCGAGAAGCGCAACCAGGCCUUCACCGCGCGCAAGACCCUGCUCCGUUCCAACCCUUCGCUGUACAUUUCCAAGACCCGUCUUUCGAUCCGCCAGCUGCCCCUGUUUGUCAGCGACCGCGGCAUGAAGCGUCUCGCCAUCCACGCCAUCCGCGAGUUUGACAACGAGGUCACUGCCGGCACCCGUGAGGCGCUUACCCGCGUCGAGGAGCAGGACGACACCCUCUCGCCCGCCCUCGAGGGCCGCAAGGUCAAGCGCGGCGAGCGCCAGACCGCCGUUGUCCAGUCCAAGGUCGUGCGCGCCAGCGACAAGAUCGAUCCGCUCACCAAUGCCGGUCGUUCGAAGGGUUACGGUUUCCUCGAGCUGCGUUCGCACAAGGAGGCACUCAAGGUCCUGCGAUGGGCCAACAACAACGCCGCCGUCGGCCCCCUCGUUUGGGAGUGGUGGACUGCCGAGCUCGCCGAGAUCCGUGACCGUACCAAGGCCGCUUUGGCCAAGGCCCGCGAGAACCCCGGAGAGAUCAAGGAGGGCAAGGAGACCGUCGAGGACCUCGAGGCGCGCCUCAAGAAGCUCGAGGACCGCGUGGCCGAGGGUGACGAGCGCAGCGGCGGCGGCAUGCGUGGCGGCAAGACGCUCAUGAUCGAGUUUUCCGUCGAAAACGUCCAGGUCGUCAAGCGCCGUGUCGACAAGAUCUCGGCGACGCGCUCGGAUGGUCCUGGCGGCUUCCAGAAGCGCAAGGCCGGCACCAUUGCCGCCGAGGACACGGACGACGAGGACAGCGGCAAGGCCGGCAACAGCAGCGGCGGCAACAAGCGCCAACGUACCGGCGGCGACCGUGGUGACCGUGGUGACCGCGAGCGCAAGGGUGGCCGUACCGACCGCAAGGACCGCAAGGACCGCGAGCGCAAGGAGAAGAGCGAGCGUGAGGCUGCCAAGGCCGCACCAAAGCCCGAGGAGAAGAAGGGUCUCGAGAAGAUGGGUGCUCAGCUCGGCUCGCUCAUCGGCCGCAAGCGCAAGGCCCGCAGGGGUAACUAG